AUGCAGGAGAAAUUCAUCUGCAGGCUGGAAUGGGUGGGAAUCAUCAAAUCUUGGGAACAGACUUGGCUGGAAUGGGUGGAAAUCAUCGAGCCUCGGACCCGGGAGCGCAUGUACGCCAACCUGAUCACGGGGGAGUGCGUGUGGGACCCCCCCGCCGGCGUGCGGAUCAAACGCACCAAUGAGAACCAGUGGUGGGAGCUCUUCGACCCCAACACCUCCCGCUUCUACUACUACAAUGCCACCACGCAGAGGACGGUGUGGCACCGUCCCCAGAACUGCGACAUCAUCCCGCUGGCCAAGCUGCAGACGCUGAAGCAGAACACGGAGUCGCCGCGGGCUUCCACGGAAAACAGCCCCGGCAGGAGCAGCAAUGUCAGCAGGGAGGGAAGCACUAGCUCGUCCUUGGAGCAGGAGCUGGAAGGCAACGAGAAGGUGCAGGAGCAGCGGUCGAGCCGCCAGUCCAGCCAGUAUUCCGUGGUGAAGGAGGAAACGGAAAGUUCGUCGCCUUCUGGAGUGUUCGAGAAGGAAUACGACAUUUAUCGGGAUUACAGCGCGGAAGGACAACUCCUGCACUACAGGACCUCAUCCCUCCGAUGGAACGCCGGCACCAAGGAGCGGAUGCUGAUCAAGGUGACGGAUCGGGAGCCCAGCUUCCUCCUCCACCAAGGCAACGGCUACACCCCGGAAAACCAACCGGGCUCCCGCUCCCGCCGGCCCUCGGGCGGCCAACAGUCGCCCAACCUCCAAACCUUCUCCUCGGAUGCCGACAACUCCGUCUUCUUCCCGGAGAGGAAGCAGUCGCCCUUCCUGAAGAGGGCCGAGCACGUGGGCAGCUGCUCGCCGCUGCUGGGCCGGGGCGAUUCCUUCUGCUCGCCGCUCCAAGCCCAGCACCGCAAACAUUCCAGCGAAUCCCAGCCCUCGUCGCCCCGCUACGCCUACGAGCCCCCGCUCUACGAGGAGCCCCCCAUGGAAUACCAGGCUCCCAUCUACGACGAGCCUCCUGUGGACAUGCAGUACGAAGCCAGCGGGAGCUACAAGGCUGGCUCGCCGCAGAAAUCGCCCAUCCGGAAGCCUCACCCUUUCCUUCAGUCGCCCAAGCAAGGCUCCAACUCGCCCUACCAGCAGUUGGUGCUCACCAAGCAGAAGUGUCCCGACCGCUUCAUGAGCCUGGAGUACAGCCCGGCCGGCAAGGAAUACGUCCGGCAGUUGGUCUACGUGGAGCAGUCGGGCUCCAGCCCCAAGAUGAAGACGGGCUUGAGGCACAAAUAUUCCCCCAACCCCAUCGGCGGCUCCUACUCGCUGCAGCACAGCCCCUGCCUGGUGCGGGACCAACGCCUGGAGAUCAAAUCGGGCGACUACAGCAGCAUGGAGGGACCCGACUUCUGCCCUGGCCCCACGGGCACCCAGGUGGCCCAGGGCGAGGACUCCAUGUCGUGGUCCAGCCAGCAGGACACCUUGUCCUCCACCGGUUACUCGCCCUCCACCAGGAAGAGGAAAAGCCGGAAGCCUUCGGUGAACCACGACACCAACGCCUCCUCCACAGACGGCUCGGGGGAGCGGGAAGCAUUGGGCGAGCUGGGUGAGGAACGAGCCACGCCGGGACCCAACAGGUCGCCAAUGAACCGGACGGAGAGCAAGGCAGCCGAGGCGGAGGCGGCGCGGGGCUUCCCGGAGCCGUUCCUGGCGCAGGCGCGCCUGGCGUGGGAAGCGCAGCAGGCCCACUACCACAUGAAGCAACGGAGCAGCUGGGAUUCCCAAAAGGACGGUUCAGGCUACGAGAGUGACGGAGCGCUCCCGCUGCCCAUGCCGGGCCCAGUGGUGCGAGCCUUCAGCGAGGACGAGGCGUUGGCGCAGCAGGAGAACAAGCACUGGAAGAGGAACACCUUCGAGAAGCUGGGCUUCCCCCAGAUCCUGCUGGAGAAAAGCGUCUCCGUCCAGACCAACCUGGCCUCCCCCGAGCCCUACCUACAUCCAUCUCAGUGGGAGGGGCAGAUCCUGGAUCUAGCUCCCAGGAGAUUCCUGAGUGCCCAUUCCUGGCUCAUCCCUCAGGGAAGUUGGAGCAUGCAGGGGCUGCGAGAUGAGCUCUACAUCCAGCUGUGCCGGCAGACCACCGAGAACUUCCGAUACGAGAGCCUGGCCCGCGGCUGGGAGCUCAUGGCCAUUUGUUUGGCCUUUUUCCCACCCACUCCCAAAUUCCAUUCCUACCUUGAAGGAUACAUUUACCGGCACAUGGAUCCGGUGAAUGACACCAAAGUUUCGCGGCACCUCCGGCACAUCCUGGCAAGGACCAAUCAGAAGAAACCCAAAUUGCGAAAGAAACCAAAGCCCCAGAGCGAGGAGAUCCCGGGGGUGGCCAUCAGCACUUAUGCCAAGUACUGCUACAACAAACUCCAGAAGGCGGCGCUGACCGGAGCCAAGAAGGGCCUGAAGAAGCCGAACAUUGAGGAGAUCCGUCAUGCCAAGAACGCCGUCUUCAACCCGUCCAUGUUCGGCAGCUCGCUACAGGACAUCGUGGCCAUGCAGAAGGAGCGGUACCCAGACCGGCAGCUGCCCUGGGUCCAGACCCGGCUCUCCGAGGAGGUCCUGGCACUCAACGGGGAUCAGACUGAGGGCAUCUUCAGGGUCCCCGGUGACAUUGACGAGGUCAACGCCCUCAAGCUGCAGGUGGACCAAUGGAAGAUCCCCACCGGCUUGGAGGACCCACACGUUCCCGCGUCGCUGCUGAAGCUCUGGUACCGCGAGCUGGAGGAGCCGCUGAUCCCCCACGAGUUCUACGAGCAGUGCAUCUCCCACUACGAGAACCCCGAGGCCGCCAUCGCUGUUGUCCACUCCCUGCCCCGGAUCAACAAAAUGGUGCUGUGCUACCUCAUCCGCUUCCUCCAGGUCUUCGUGCAGCCAGCCAACGUGGCCGUCACCAAGAUGGACGUCAAUAACCUGGCCAUGGUGAUGGCCCCCAACUGCCUGCGCUGCCAAUCAGACGACCCGCGGAUCAUCUUCGAGAACACGCGCAAGGAGAUGUCCUUCAUCCGUGUCCUCAUCCAGCACCUGGACACCAGCUUCAUGGAGGGCGUCCUAUAGCGGCCGCCACCGCGCUGUCCCCACCCCGCCACCGGCCCCCUGUCCCCUCCGAGGGUCAAAGUCCCCAGGUGGUGGCACCUAUCUCCACCAAGAACCAGGAGGCCCAAGAGGUUCUCCAACUUCACCACAUGGUGAGCUCUGUCUCCACCAAAAACCAGGAGGCCCAUGCGGUUCUUCGCCACGUGGUGAGCUCCAUCUCCAUCAAGAACUGGGAGGUCCGUGAGGUUCUUCAACUUCAUCACGUGGUGAGCUCCAUCUCCAUCAAGAAUCAGGAGGUUUGUGAGGUUCUUCAGCGCGUGGUGAGCUCCAUCUCCACCAAGAACCAGGAGGUCCAUGCAAUUCUACACCACAUGGUGAGUUCCAUCUCCACCAAGAACCAGGAGGUCCAUGAGGUUCUCCACUGUGUGGUGAGCUCCAUCCCCACCAAGAACUGGGAUGUCAAGGAGGUUCUCCAACUUCACUGGGUGGUGAGCUCCAUCUCCAGCCAGACCUCAUGGAUGGAGGGCAUCAAGCAAUUGUCUCCAUCCCUUCCUGCCCGGAUGUGGAGACAAGGAGAAGUCCUUGAGGUCCAUCCCAACCUUCUGGCCGUGUCACUGCCUGGCUCUUCUCUGGGAGAGUCACGAGGAACAUCCCGGCUCUGUGGGGGUCUCCAAGGGGUUGGGAAAGUGGGAGAAGUUCACCUGGACACCAGGGGACCACGGUGACAAUUUUCCCCCGCAGGGAAGAGACCUGAGAAGUCCCCAUGGGAGAGGUGGCCCGAGGGGGUCAUGGUGGCCGAUUGUCCAUCCUGGAGGAGCUGGGUGGGCUGGAUGUCCCCACAUGUCACGAUGUCCAUCCCAUCCCACACACGUUGGCGUCACCAGGACCUGUCCCAGCACCCACUGGGUCCUUACUGGACCUAUCCAAGGACCUCCAAUCUGCUUCUGCUUCUUCUGGGCCAAUCUUGGUGUCCAUCAUCAACUCCUGGACUGAUCUUGGGGUCAAACAUCUCCUACUCCUUCUGGGCCCAUCUUGGAGGCCAUCAUCUCCUCCUUAUGCUCCUGAACCCAUCUUAGUGUCCAUCAUCAGCUCCUGGAACCAUCCUGGGGUCCGUCUUCCUGGUCCUCCAAGUCUCACCUUGGUGCUCAUCUCCUCCAGGAUCCAUCCUGGUGUCCAUCAUCUCCUCCAGGACCCACCUGGUCACCCAUCUCCACCUGGUCCUGCCCAGCCCACCUCAGUGUCCCCAGUGUCCUCCAGGACCCAUCUUGGUGUCCCUGAUCUCCUCCUGGACCCACCUUGGUGCCCCCCAGUCUUCAGGACCAACCUUGGUGCCCCCCAACCUCCUCCAAGACCCACCUGAGCACCAUCAACGGUUCCAGGUCCCACCUGAGCACCCCCAACUCCCUCCAGGUCCACCCACAUCUCCACCAGGUCCCACCCUGGUGACCUCAACCAACCUUGGUGUCCCCAUCUCUCCCAAGUUUCACCUUGAUGAUCCCAAAUCUUCUCCAGGUCCCACCUUGGUGAUCCCAGAUCUUCCAGGACUCAUCCUGGUGCACCCCCACCUCAUCCAGAUCCUCCAGAUCCCACCUUGGUGUCCCCAAAUCUCCACCAGGUCCCACCUUGGUGCCCCAACUUUCUCCGAGACCCACCUUGGUGCUCCUCAAUCUUCUUCAGAUCCUCCAGGUUUCACCUUGGUGCCCCCAACCUCCACCAGGUCCUCCAGGUCCCAUCUUGGCCCCAUCACUUCCAGGUCCCACCUUGGUGACCCCAGAGCUCCAGAUCUUCCAGGACCCACCUGGGCACCGUCACCUGCUCCAGGUCCCACCUGAGCACCCCCCAAUCUCCUCCAGGUCCCACCUUGGUGCUCCCAAAUCUCCACCAGCUCCUCCAUGUCCCACCCUGAUGGACCCCAAUCUCAACCAGGUUCCGCCUUGGUGAUCCCCAAUCUCCACCAGGACCCACCUUGGUGCCCCCCAAUGUCCAUCAGGUUCCACCUUGGUGCCCCCCAAAUCUCCAGGUCCCACCUUGGUGACCCCAUCACUUCCAGGUCCCACCUUGGUGCUCCCAAAUCUCCUCCAGGUUCCACCUUGGUGACCCCAAAUCUCCUCCCAUAUUCCACCUUGGUGACCCCAAAUCUCUACCAGGACCCACCUUGGUGACCCCAAAUCUCCAGGUCCCACCUUGGUGGCCCCACCACUUCCAGGUCCCACCUUGGUGACCCAAAUCUCCACCAGCUCCUCCAGGUCCCACCCUGAUGGACCCCAAUCUCAUCCAGGUUCCACCUUGGUGACCCCAAAUCUCCAGGUCCCACCUUGGUGACCCCCAAAUCUCCUCCAGGUCCCCCAAAGUGGAGAAGUCCCCAAGGCCAGGAGGGUCUCAUUGGUGGGGGGUCCCCCAAAAUGGGGUCCCAUGGGUGGGAAGUCCCCAAAAUGAAGAGGUCCCCAUCAUGGGGGGGUUCCCAAAGAUCAUGGGGGGUCCCAUGGAGGGGGUCCCCAAAAUGAGGAUGGUCCCCAAAGCAGGAGGAGAUCCCAAAGUAGUAGAACCCAUGGGGGGGUUCCCAAGAUCCUGGGAGGGUCCCCAAGGUGAGGGAGGGGGUCCCAUGGGGGGGGGUCCCCAAAAAUAGGAGGGGGUCCCAAAAAUGGGGGGGCUCCCAUGGGUGAGGUCCCCAAAAUGGGAGAGGGUCCCAUGGGUGAGGUCCUCAAAAUGAGGGGUCCCACGGUGGGGAGGUCCCCAAGGUCCUGGAAGGGUCCCCAAAGUUGGGGGGGGUCCCAUGGAGGGGUCCCCAAGGUGAGACCCCAAAUUGGGGUGUGGGGGAGGUCCCCAAGGUCCUGGAAGGGUCCCCAAAGUUGGGGGGGGUCCCAUGGAGGGGUCCCCAAGGUUGGGACCAACCCCAAAUUUGGGGGGGGAUCCCCAAAUUGGGG